ACGUGCUACCGUAGCCUUACGUGACUGCCCAGGGGCUGGAGCUUGUAGGAUAACUGAGCAGGCAUUAGUCACUGGUGCCUCUACUAUGCCUCACCAAUCCUACCCUACAGGUGAUGAUGCAACUUCUGCUAACUUGUCAGCUCUCCUACAAAUAAACUCCUUCCUCAACAACACAUUGGACCUCCGCAACAUUGCUCCACAGUCCACAGCUUCUUCCAACUCCAUUGAUUCACUUUGGUCGAACUUAGUGGCCGGCAACGAUGUUGGUCACAAGAACCAGACGAUUCCUCGUUCGAAGGCGCACUCCGUUGGGAGUGGUGCUGGCGUGGACGUGUGCCACUUGCGCCAGCUGCUGAACGGGUCUGGACACUACUACGCGAAUGGCGAGCAUUGCACUACUCCUGCCGCUGCCUCCUGCGUGGCUCAAGGUUUAAGCUGCAACAGCGCGGGACCGCUGAGCUCUACUAAUGGCGCAGUUUUCAACUACAACUCACUGCCACAACAGUUUCCUAAACACGCUCCGGAGUCCAUGAGGAGCAAGGUGGAGUACAGCAGCGGCAGUAGCAACAGCAGCUGCGGCGGUCACAGUCCCCCAUCAAUGGGUGGCAGUGGAGCGUCCGUUAACUCGCCUGGCGCAGGCAGCUCCCAGUUCCACUAUUCAUCCCCUUCCGGUCAACGCGGCAGACUGUCAGUAGUCAGUGAACCCGGAAGCCCAAGUCUAGAUGAUGCGAUUCUGAUGGGGAUACAGAAUCACCGCCAGCAGCAACAGCAGCAGCAAGAGAAGCUAGAUUCUUCGGAAAAGUACACCGACAUCAAUCUCAAUAAUUUGCUGGAGUCUCUGAACCUGUCGUCAACAAGCGCCUCCAGCGGCCGAGCUCCCCUGAACGGCUCCAUUGCCGGGCAAUCUCUUUCCCUGGGCCCUAGCAACACUUCUCUCUCUUCCAACCCGCAGCUCAGCUCGUCCAUGUCAAACUACUCAUUGGGACAAGGCGUAGAUUUGAGCCAGCUGACGCAGUUCCAGAACAGCCUGAGCAGCAGCGCAGGCUGGGGACGCAGAGCCCUGGACCCUCAGACGCCCUACACGAGCCUCUCCUACGCACGAGGGGGCUACCACAACGGAUUGAGCGCAAGUGGGAACAGUAGCGGCAACAGCAGCGGGAUCAUGUCGGGUAUGAGCGGAACGGGGCCCUCAUCUUCACCUUCGCCAAACACGCUGGAUAUUCUCUCCUCUCUGGAGAGGUCGUCGCUGUCGUCUUUCCUCUCCGGCCAGGACCCCUACAGCAUUGAGAAGGCAGCAAAGAUGCACCGCACAGCUGCAGCUGUCUGUGAGGCUACAUGCACGUGGAGCGGCCAGCUACCCGUCAGGGUUCACAAGAACCCUUUCUACAGCUGUAAGGUUUUCUUGGGCGGGGUACCAUGGGACGUCACUGAAGCAGCCCUGCGUCAAACCUUUGCUCAUUUCGGCAACAUACAAGUGGAGUGGCCUGGCAAGGAGAACUCUGCAAAUCCACCUAAGGGAUACGUAUAUAUUCUCUUCGAUAACGAAAAGCAGGUGAAGAGCCUGUUGAGCUCCUGCAGCCAAGACUUCAGCAACGGAGGGAAUUACUACUUCAAAAUCUCUUCCCGUCGCAUGAGGCAAAAGGAGGUGCAAGUGAUACCUUGGGUGAUGAGUGACAGCAAUUACGUGCGCUGCCCCUCGUAUCAGCUGGACCCUCACAAGACCGUCUUCAUCGGCGCCCUCCAUGGCAUGUUGAGCGCUGAGGCUCUCGCCAAUAUCAUUAAUGAUCUUUUCGGUGGCGUGGUUUACGCAGGGAUUGACACCGACAAGCACAAGUAUCCCAUUGGCUCGGGACGUAUCACUUUCAACAAUCUCCAGUCGUACAGGAAGGCUGUCAGGGCAGCUUUCGUAGAGAUAAAAACUCCCAAGUUCACCAAGAAGGUUCAGAUCGACCCGUACCUUGCGGACUCCCUGUGUCAGAUGUGCGGCAUGCAACAAGGUCCGUACUUCUGUCGUGACGAAACUUGCUUCAAGUACUUCUGCCGCACAUGUUGGCUGGUGACUCCUCACCAUCAAACUCCCAGUGCUGGCUGUCAUAAGCCGCUCAUGCGCAACUCUAAACUUCGCACUCAAACCAGGCUCAACAUGCUUGUCUGAAUCUCUCUAACAGACGAGAUGUCCCUGAUCAAUGCUGAGAGUUGGACUGCAAUAAAUUUUAGGCACUACUAGGCCCAUUAUACCAGUCUUCCAGCAAUUCAGAGCUGUGAAUUUGUUGGAAAAUCUUGAUCCAAUGCUAAAAAUGUGCAGAAUUUUCAAGUAGUGUCGCCUCAUUUGUAAUGUAUGCAAUUUUUACCAUUGCAGUGAAGGAAUCGUCUAAAUGUUGAUCAGUUUUGUAGAAUAAUUACUCGGUUAUAUAGGGUGCAGGUACAUUUCAGUUUAUGAAACACUGUUAGAACUUGUUGCAAUUGAAAGAAACUAGUUUCCCAAUUUCAUUUUGAAGGAAAGUUGGACUACCUUAAUUUUUAAUCUUCGGGCACCAGAAGAGAAAGACCUAACAGGAAUUUAACGCUAAUUAACAAGUUUCUCUCCAACUUGGGAAUUACCUUAAAUUACUUUUUUUCUUAACUUCCCCCAUUUUAGCUCAGUGUUUACAUUUCUCUGUCGAUCAGUGGUUGCAUACAUGUCACAUGAAAAUUUUUUUACUUGAUUAUCUAUAUUUUACCACAAACUAGAUAUGAAAUUUAAUUUUUUACCAAUUUGAAUCGAUCUUACCCCCCGACCAUGAGUGAUUCUUCAUGCGCUGGCUUUAUUUUUAAAUUUUUCAUGCUUGUAGUCUCGUCCUUUACCAUACUUCAAGCUGAUUUUAUUUUUUCGAAAUUUGACGGUCCCUAUGUCACCUUUGUAGUUAAUUUUUUAUUAGAAGAGGAUCUAUGAAUUUCUUCAUAAAUGCCACGAAAUACCGAGAGCAUUACUGCAAAUCGUUUCUAGAGACGUCGCCGCACGCAGUUUUUCCGUUUGAAUGUUUUCUUUUAAUUAUGCGCUAUUUGUUUGUCAAUUGUAUUGUGAUUUAAAUCGCAUUAGCAUUCCUAACAUUUUUAAUGUUCCGUAGAAUUUUGUGUGGGCGUUAAUAUUCUCGUCUAGCUGUUAAGGUUUUAGUUGCUUCCAACUUGCUACUUUCUUUGCAAGCUUGAAGUUCACGCACAUCUCUUAUUUUUAUUAUAUUCUUUAGUCACCCCCUCAUUAAACUUCCUUUUACGUAUGUCAAAUUUUAGGAAUUAUUUUAAACAUGAUUUUUGUGCUUCUCGUUGAGAGUUCGCCCACCUGUUUUUGUAGCGACUCUCUUGUUCUCAAGUUCCUGUGUUCAUAAACUCUUUUCUGUCA